AGGAGAAAGGGUGAGUGUAACGAACUUCCUGUUGCAUCGAGCGUGUCCAUUGGAUGACUAGCGAAUUCUGGCUGACAUUGCAUUGUAUAAUCGUCGACAUCACCAGAAUACAUUGGACAAUUGGAGGGUCAAGUGGAGCAGCACAAGACAGAGGCAAGGCACUUACGAGAAGCCGUGAUGGUCGUUCACGAAGAUAAUAAGCGUCUCAAAGCGGAACUGGAGGAGGUCAAGCAGCAGUUGGCACAGACAACGAUCGCAAAUGUCUCCGCUACCAUCGCCCCUCAACAGGCAAUCUCGACACCUGCGACAGCACUUUCGGACAAGAGCCAGUCAUUGCUGGCGUCCAUCCUCACCCGAACUGCAUUCAACACCAAUGCUAAGAGCAAUUCUACGCUCACUCUCUCAAGAUCAGAGUCGCCUAUUCUUACCCCGAACCUCAACAAGGAUGUACCGAAUUCCUCAUCUGUCAAUGGCAAAUCCUGGAAGGACAAGAACCCUGUCUAUAUUCACAAAGCGCUUGUCCCAGAGAUUUGCAUUGGAGAUCAGUUUCAGUUUGAUCCGAAGGGUGCUUGGUCCAAGGAGGAUGAGAUGUGGGAUUGUUCUUGGCUUAACCUGGAACGAACGCCCAAGGAGUUGUCAAAGGCAGAUAUCAACCCAUUCUUGGCAUCGACUGUAGUAUAUGAGCUGAUGCAGACAUAUGCGGCCGUCACUCUGGAUAUGAUGCCCCUGCUUAAGGGCGAAUACUCACCACGUACCCUCGCUCAUGGUGAGAGCGGGGCUUCUGUGCAGGAUUACGAGAGCGACAGGCGCAUGGACGAAGCAGUCGAGUGGCAAAAGCAGCAGGAGCUGUGCACUCGUGUCCAGGGAUUGACUUCUACCGCUCGCAAAACGGAUAUCGACACGGAUGAGUUGCCGGAGGAGGGUUUCCGGAUGCUGUUCAAUUCCAGCGAUAUCGCUCCCACUCCAUCGACACCGUUCUCAUGCCCUUCCGCCUCAGAAUCGUUUCUGGAUGAGGACCCCAACAUGCUGGAAUGGCUAUACGAGUCGAUGGUCGCGUGUCUUGUAGGCUUAAAUGUACAAAAUACCGGAGAUCAACAGAUAUAUCUGCCUUUCUCAGAAGUCCAUUACGCGUAAUGGCCUCACCAAGUCUCAUUGUGCCUAUUUGUUGUAUAUUAUUUAACUCAUCUGUAAAUCAAACAUUAAAUAAACACAUCACUGAUAAACUAC